AUGCCUGAGCACGAAGAAGAUCUCGUUGCCUCCAAGACCGAGGGUUUCAAGGUCGGGGAGAAGAAGACAAUCAAUGAGUACACUGAGCUUGCUGCCCCCCGAGCUAGUGUGACGGUUUGCUUUCUUCCACCAUGCACGCAUAUAUCCCAUAAAAAUGACGAAUCCCUAAACCGCUGGAAGGCCUCUCUAGGCCUUGCAACCGGUGCAACAAUUGGAGACCCCAGCGAUCCCAGGAAGUGCAUCAUCAAGUCUCUAGCCCUGGAGGUUGAGGGACGCCCCGAUGUGGUCAUCGACGUGUCCGCACCCGGUGCAGUUGAUACUCUCAAGGACAAGCCAUUCACCAUCAAAGAGGGUGCCCACUUCCGGAUCAAGGUCGUCUUCCAGGUGCACCAUGAAGUCCUGAGCGGUCUGAAAUACCUGCAGGUCGUUAAGAGGAAGGGUGUUAGAGUUAGCAAGGACGAGGAGAUGCUGGGCAGCUAUGCCCCCAACACCACCGACAAGCCCGUUUACGAGAAGAAGUUCCAAGAGGAAGAGGCCCCCUCGGGAUUUAUAGCUCGUGGCCAUUACAACGCGGUCUCGAAAUUCGUGGAUGACGACGACCACACCCAUCUGCAGUUCGAAUGGUCGUUUGAUAUCGCGAAGGAUUGGUAA